AUGAUACACAACUCUAUUCUUGCGUAUAGGCUGCGGCUCGACGAUGUACGGACAUGGCUUCGAAACAAAUUCAACGAUCAGACGAUUGUCGUUGAGAAAUCAGGUGAAGAGUUUGUGUUUUAUCUACCUCGAGCAUUGAGUUCUGCGGAAAAGGAAGAGAUUCUCGAUCUACAGAAGUGA